UGACACAACUGUCAUUGUGAAAUUAGUAGCCAUAUAUGGGCACUGAUGGAUCAAUCUACAGAGUGAUUAAUCAGUGCCCAUUUAUGGAAAGGUGGAUGGUGGCUAUAAGUACAGUACAUUUUGUAGCCAUCUCUAACAGAUGGUUCAACUGUCAAAAGAAUAGACAUGGCAGACUACAUCAAUUCACAAGUAACUGGAGAGAGGAGUAGUUUAGAGAAGAGAGAAAAUGUCCAUUCAGGAGGGUCAAAAGUCUACAGGGUUGUUGGAGUCAGCUUCGGUCUGCUGUGCAUCAUUCAGUCUGCUCUCAAUAUUUCUCUUCGGCUCCAACAAAGUGGAUUUUGUAACAAGUCCGACCAGAUCAGAGAUAAUGAGAUGUUGAAGGACCAGCUCAGGCGACAACAAGAUCAGAUAACGGAGCUUCAAACUGAAAGAGAACGCAUGAUAAUGAGGCUUUGUAAAAUGGCAGAAAAAAAAAAACAAGGCUGUCCCCGGGGAUGGCAGCUAUACAUGUCCAGCUGUUACUACGUUUCUACUGUGAAAGAGACCUGGGAGAAUGCCCAGAACGACUGUGUGGCGAAAGAAGCUCAUCUUGUGAUUUUAAAUGAUAGAAGGGAAGAGGAUGCUCUCCGUGCUUUUGGAAGUCAAGACUCGUGGAUCGGCUUGAGCCGUCAACGAAAUGGUCGGUCGUAUCCACUGAGAUGGGUGGACGGAAGCCCACUGACUAAUAUUGACAGGAUUCAGCAGUCAGUUGAUCGACAUGUCACCUGCGCCUAUGCCAACGCUAAGAAAUGGGUCCUUUCCAACUGCGGAGAACAACGCUACUGGGUGUGUGAGAAGAAACGGCUCUGCUGAAUACCAUUUUAUGUGUGCUUUGUAAUGAGUGUUGUAUUAACUAUGUGAUGUUGUGUUUUGUCUCUGGCUGAUGAAGAAAUGUCAGUAAAAA